ACUCGCUCGUCCGCUGAGCAUGAUGAAGUUCUUACUGCUGUUAGCUUUGGCUGCUGUGGCUGCUGGGGAUCACUCCCUUGGCGGACACGGGCAUUUCCAUGGAGGUUUCCGUCCCGUUGGGCAUGGGCACUUCCCUCCUGUUGGGCAUGGCUUCAGACAUGCCGCCGUCCACCACCCCGUGCGACCCGUGGUGCACCAGCCGGCUCCCGUGGUCCCGGUGCACCGAAGCCAAAAUGGACCUGCAGUGCCCCCGGCAGCUUCCUCGGGCGUCCCGGUGGACCAAAGGCAGGGCGACAGCGAAUACCACUUCUCGUGGCGCCAUGACGGCCGCAAGACCUACACGUGGGAUCGCGCCAACCAGUACUGCGCCAACCUCGGCUCCGGCUGGCAGGGCAUCAGCAUCGGGACUCACCAGGAGGACAGUCUCGUCAGGGAAGCGAUUAUAGAAGAUCGCCUACCAUGGAUUUGGACCUCAGGUCAUAUCAAGAACCACGGCUUCGCCUGGGCUUCAGGUGAAGAAUUCGUGGGUCUGAACUGGUCUCACACCGGCGGGAAUCAUCGACCACAACCAGACAACCGAGAGGGGAACGAGCACUGCCUGGGGGUUCUCAACGACUUCUACGACGACGGCGUCAAGUGGCACGACAUCGCCUGCCACCACGACAAGGCCAUCAUCUGCGAGCGCAAAGUCCAAGUUCACGGAUAAACACAAAUACACAUGCAUGCAGGAGCAUAUGCACACUGCUUUCAUGUAGCAUGAUCACGUCCAUAUGAUCUAGAGCAAAUGAUUAUACACUGUAUUUAUUCCUAUUUAUAUUUGACUAUUGAUGAAGACGAUCUUUUUCACAUAAAUUUCCUGAUUAAC